AUGGUCAACUCCUGUUGUGGCUCCACCUGCUCUGAGGAGGGCUGCUGCCAGCCCAGCUGCUGCCGCCCCAGCUGCUGUGUGUCCAGUUGCUGCCAGCCCAGCUGCUGCCGCCCCAGCUGCUGUGUGUCCAGCUGCUGCCAGCCUAGCUGCUGCAGGCCCACCUGCUGUGUGUCCAGCUGCUGCAAGCCCCAGUGCUGCAUCUCCAGCUGCUGCCGCCCCAGCUGCUGUGUGUCCAGCUGUUGCCGCCCCAGCUGCCAGUCGGUGUGCUGCCAGCCCACCUGCUGCCGCCCCAGCUGCUGUGUGUCCAGCUGCUGCCAGCCUAGCUGCUGCAGGCCCACCUGCUGUGUGUCCAGCUGUUGCCGCCCCAGCUGCCAGUCGGUGUGCUGCCAGCCCACCUGCUGCCGCCCCAGCUGCUGUGUGUCCAGCUGUUGCCGCCCCAGCUGCCAGUCUGUGUGCUGCCAGCCUUGCUGCCGCCCCAGCUGCUGCAUCUCCAGCUGUUGUCGCCCCAGCUGCCAGUCCGUGUGCUGCCAGCCCACCUGCUGCCGCCCCAGCUGCUCAGUGCCCAGCUGCUGCCGCCCCAGCUGCUGUGUGUCCAGCUGCUGCGGCCCCUGUUGUACUAGUUCCAGCUGUUGUGGCUCCAGCGGCUGCCGCCUCUGCUGCUGCCUGCGUCUGGUGUGUGGCCAGAUCUCCUGCCACACCACUUGCUAUCACCCCACCUGUGUCAUCUCCACCUGCCCCCGCCCCAUGUGCUGUGCCACCCGUUGCUGUUGA